AGGAGCCAAAUUGGUCGGAUCAUGGAGCUGUUGUCUACCCCGCACAGCAUCGAGAUCAACAAUAUCACCUGCGACUCCUUCCGAAUUUCUUGGUCCAUGGAUGUUGGAGACCUGGAUAGGGUUACCCACUACUUCAUCGAUUUGAACAAGAAGGAAAAUAAAAGCUCCAACAAGUUCAAACACCGGGAUGUCCCUACCAAGCUGGUAGCUAAGGCAGUGGCCCUGCCAAUGACGGUGAGGGGUCACUGGUUUCUGAGUCCCAGGACAGAGUACAGUGUGGCCGUGCAGACUGCAGUGAAGCAAAGCGAUGGAGAGUACCUCGUCUCUGGAUGGAGUGAGACUGUUGAAUUCUGCACAGGAGACUAUGCUAAAGAACAUCUGGCCCAGCUGCAAGAGAAGGCUGAGCUCAUCUCGGGGAGGAUGCUGCGGUUCACUGUUUUCUAUCGGAAUCACACUAAAGAGUAUUUCCAGUAUGUCAGAAUGCACUGUGGAGACGUCAUGAAGCCAUAUUUGAAAGACAACAGUGGCAGCCAUGGUUCACCCACCAGUGGCAUGCUCCAUGGCAUCUUUUUCAGCUGCAAUACUGAGUUCAACAAUGGCCAGCCUCCCCAAGACUCCCCUUACGGCCGCUACCGUUUCCAGGUGCCCGCACAGCGCCUUUUCAGUCCCAACACCAACCUCUACUUUGCGGAUUUCUACUGUAUGUACACUGCCUACCAUUACGUCAUUCUGGUGCUGGCGCCAAAAGGUUCUGCUGGAGACCACUUUUGUCGGGAGAGGCUCCCCCAGUUGGACAUUUCCUGCAACAAGUUCCUGACCUGCAGCAUGGAGGACGGCGAGCUUAUCUACCGUCAUGCCCAGGAUGUCAUCCUGGAGAUCAUUUAUACGGAGCCCGUUGACCUCAGUCUAGGAGUUCUGGGGGAGAUCAGUGGCCAUCAGCUCAUGAGCCUCUCGACGGCCGAUGCCAAAAAGGAUCCAAGUUGCAAGACAUGUAACAUCAGCGUGGGGCGCUAGAGACAGGGAAGGGCAGGGAGGGAGAUGGAACAGACACCAGUAUGAGAGUUCUUGGUGAGCCCCGUGGCCCUUCAAUGUAUGUGUGACUAUCUGAAAAUGGGGUCCACCUUGGGUGAUGGGGAUGCUUGGAGAAGUCCCCCCCUUUUGCUGUCCUUGCCUCCUUUCUCUCCCCCUCUCUUCUUGCAUGUUUCCUUGCCAUUGUAAAUAAGAUUUUUGGAUUUGGGAAGUGAGAAUGAGAGAGAGCAUGCAAUCAGGUCAAUGUUGAAGGGCCUGCAUUUCCAGGUUUACUAAGGACAGCCCUCAAUUUUUUUUUUUUUUGAGGUCUCUUCUCCAAGAAAACUAUCCAGUUCUCUUCCAUUUCCCAACCCAAGUCAAAUGGACAUUUCACUUUGCACAAACAGCAGGUAGUCUGGCCAGUUUCCUAAGCAAAAUAUAUUAACUAGAAGUACCUCUCCAUCUCCUACCUUGAUCCUUUUGGCCCAUUUCUCCACACAAUGAACACUAUUCCACCCUCCCAAAAACCGGGUUCUCUUCAUCCGUAGCAUGAUUUACUUUUUUUAAAAGAAGUACGUUGAAGGUUGGAAGAAGACAUCUCCCCACCACCUUCUCGAAGGGUCCUGGGUUCAAAGCACACCUGGCACAAAGACCACCUCAACUAGGCUUAGUGGGUAGCACAAGCUUAAACCUGGGAUGGGCAUGUAGGCUAAAGAAGGAAAACAAAGAAGGGAUUCUUACGUAGAGAUUCUUUCUUUCUGGGUUUUUUUUUUUUUUGCUCAUUUCCAUGGGGUGUGACUCCUUAUUAUUUAUAUCCUUUAUUUAUUUUGACUGAAGAAGACAAGGGGAGAGGGAACAACAGGUUCUAACAGGUGUGCUGGAAACUGGAAUGCUGAUGGGUGAUGUUGCUAUGCGAACAUGCCCAGCUUGGCUUCCCUGUUUUCCAUGAUAACCGAUUACAGAUCCAGGCUGGCAAAGCUCAUACCUGCUUUUCAUUCUGGGUUGGGGUUCUGAAGAAGGGGAAGAAAGAAGUUGGAGCCACCUUCAAAGUGAAGGCAGGGGAGUAAGACAGAAAAACAAAUCACUCAACAGAUGGAUGCUUUCCCCCCCCUCCACUGUUGUGAUUCAUUUUGCUUUUCCACCAUGCAGGAGGCACUGAGAGCUCCAGGUUUCGUAUCUUAAGUUUGCAGCUCCCAUGAAUCUGGAAUGCGAUUUGUGAUUUCAUAGGUUUGUGUGAACCCAGCUGUUGCGGUUUGCAAACCACGGUUGAUGUACCUCGGAACGAUGAGUCAGUAAUUGUUGUUGGCUUAGGGAAGUUGUUCUUCCCUAAGCCAACAAUAAUGGCUAGGGAAGAACAACUGGCUGAGCAUCAUACCUGAAAUAAACCACAAGCAUAAUGCAGGUAGUCCUAGACUUAUGACCAUUUGCUCAGCAACCUAGGGUCUUCCCUGCUCCACAUAAUGACUGCCAUGGGGAGAGCCAGGAUUUCGUGGGCACCUUUGCUUAAAAAUACAGCAACAACAACGCCCACAAUUCUGGGCUCGCUUGUGGUCAUAAAUGGAAGAUUAUCUGUCUAUCUACCUUAUAUAGCUUUGUUUCCUUCUUUUUUCCAAAGAGACCAUAGAGUGAAAGCUUCUCCCAUUUUUGCUACUAACUUCAGAUUUUAAUCUCAGCAGCCAGGAGGUGCUGUAAGCACUGGGUAUCCCAAGGACCAUGACAGCUGCACAAUUUUGAAUAGAGACCUAAUGUGCCAUUCAGUGCGCUCAGCUUUAUGGCUUCAAGAUAACCAUGGCAAGCAGGUUGGGGCAUCCUCCAGAAGAAACUUCUCUUGGCUUGUAAGGAGAAAGCUUCAUUUGCAGCCACUCCCCAGCUCUGCCGUCUUGACGUGCCCAUGCCUUCCGUCCAUCACCGGGAACCGGCUUCCUGGGACAGGCUAGACCUGCUCUUGACAGCUGCUCCUCACAUCUGCCAACCACCCUCUUUAUGCUGAAGGCUUGGCCUCCAUCAUAGGGAGUAUUUUUUUUUUCCUAUGGGUUUUCUUGGGUUGUAUGAGUGAUUGUUUCCUUUUUAUCAGGGUAUAGCUGCAGAUAGCAUCCUUUCUUUCCGCAGGGAACUUUGAGAAAACUUGAACGUCAAGAAAUUCUGGGCCUUCCUUCUUUACUGGUCGGUUAAGAUGUGACUUGAGAUCUUAAAGAGAAUUCAUUUUGUAGCAGCAAGUUAGAAGCCUGAGGCCUGGGAGAAAGCCAGCUCCCCAUUUAAAAGGCCUUUCCCAUUCCAGAGGUGACUUGAAGGGAAAACACACAUACACAGCCAACUUUCAUAAGAUACACUUGUUACCUUGAGAAGGUCAUCUACCGAGAACACAAAGAGAAAUAAAGAGGGUCACAAGAGGCAGAGAAGUCAGAAUUUUUCCCCCAGGUCUUUGGAACCUCCAACAAAACCACCCUCCAAAUCUAUCAAGCCAAAUACAGCCCAAGAUCAUGCAAACCAGUGUGCCAAAAAGUGCAAAACCACAACCAUUCCUAUUUUGUUUUUGAAGUUUACCCUGUUUUCCCGAAAAUAGAGAUCUAUCCAAAAAAUAAAACCUAGCAUGUUUUUACACAUGCACCUAAUAUAAGCCCUACCUCCCAAAAAAUAAGCCCUACUUAAGAGCCUGUGCAACUGGCCACCCGCUCAUUCUGGUUGCUUGCAGUGCCAUGGCCAGGAGGUGGGGAAAUUGCCCCAUGCAACCCUACCAGCUUACCUGUCCAUGCCCCGACACCUGCCUUGCAGUGGCAGCACCAGCAGCCAUGUGCAACAGAAGCCCAUGUGGCCACCAGCCCACUUCUGUUUACUCACAGCCACAAGGGAGCAGGAGGCUGAGCUCCACCACUCAACCUCACCUUGUGGCUUUGGCACCGGUGCAUCACUCAGCAUCCUGCUCUGUUGUAUCCGCAAGUAAGCAGAAGAAUUGAGUUGGUGACCACACAGGGUCCUGCUGGAUGGAGCUGUUGGAACUACCGCCAUGAGGUGAGGCAGGUGUCGGGAUGUGGUUGGCCUAGCUGUGGGGCCCUGGGGUAAUCUGAUGCAGGGGACAUGGGGUGGCUCCACCCCUGCCACCUCACAGUGGCAGCCUUGGUGUGCUGCGUGUCCUCCUACCCCGCCGCGAGCAAGCAGAAGAAGUGGGCCUCCCAUAUACAGGAAAAUAAAUAAGACACUCCCCUAAAAUAAGCCCUACUGCUCAUUUUGGGACCCAAAAGAAAAUAAGACCCGGUCUUAUUUUCAGGGAAACACAGGUAGCAAGCAGCACACUGUUGGGCUUUAUCAAACCUCGCGUGACUUGUGAGGAACAUUCAACUCUGUGAAUUCAACAUUCCUAGAUAUCUGCCUGAAACGCGUUCUUCACAAUCCUGGUUGCUCUUCAGACUAUAUCCCUGAGGGAGCUGGGGAGGUGUUGACUGUAAACUGACGGAUUAUGGUGCAACCGAUAGCUUGCCUGCAAUUAAUGAUCGCAUUUCCCUGCAGCUCAGCUAUCUGCAGGAGAAACCUGGUUGCGUUGUUGUGGAGCAGACAUGAUGAGCAGGAGGCCUGUAGAUGCUCCAAAGCUUCUGAAAUCUAAGUGAUUCCAAAGCAAAAUGUUUAAUUGUGGUUCUGUGGGCAAAUCAAACACAGAAAGGGAUUCUGAUGGAAGAAGGCUGAACCUGUCACAGAAGGAAUUCCACCCACAAGCUCCAUAUCAGAGCUUGAUGGUUGUUCAAUGAGGCUGGCUCCCUUCACCCCAUGUUAAAUUACUGGCAUGUUCCCAGAAUCCCAGCCUCCCAAAUUUUAAAGAUAUAAGAACCAACAAAGUCAGGUCUUCAGGUGAAGAAGCCUCUCCAUGGAGGUGAUGGAGAAACCCUGGGUGUGUGUUUUUUUUAAAAUUAUUCUUGGCACAACCUUUUGAGCUUUCCAAGCUGUGAGGCCAACUGUAUAGUGUUUGCUGUGUGCUGUAGCAGUACUGUGACACAAAUGCUGCUAGCAUUAAUAAUAAGAACCUGACUUUUUUUCUUUGUUAGCUGUUUAUUUUCCCCUUCUCCACGUCUCCCUGCCUGUUGCAAUUUUUGGCCAACUGUUAAGCGUCACUUGCUCCAGGAAAUGCUGUCGGUAUUUAGAGGCUGCCCUUAACUCUUCGCGGCUUUGUAUGUAUAUGCUAAGAAACCCUAAUGCUAUUUGAGGCUGGAUUUGUAUCACGCUUUCUCCAGCUGUGAGAACACGGCAGCAGGAGGAGUGGUGGUGAGACUGUCAUCAAUUUAUUUCAAUCCGGAAAAUGUUUCUCCAUUUCGUACCCAAAGUGACAAGAGAAUGUUCUUGCUACCUACAAACGGACUAUGUGACAAGCAGGUAAAAGUUACUACAACUCUUGUUGCAGUCCUGCUACAAAAAGUUACUGCUAUAACUACAAUAAUAAAGGUACAAAAACAUGGAGAGAAAUUACUUUUUCCCCCCUGAAGAGAGGCGGUGAAAGGUACCCCAAUCAAGUGGCUCAUAAGAUAUUAAAUGAUUAGAUUGUGCUAUAAGUACUGGAUGGUAGAAAUUCUCCACCAGCCAAUCCUCAACCCCAUUUGGAAAAGUCUAUUCCUAGUGGCAUUUUGUAAUAUUUAUUCCCAAACUAAAGCUUAGUUCAAGGGUGCUUAUUCUCAAAUCAAAGGAAUCUGGGCUGUGUCCCAACUUACGAGAGAGAGAGCAAUCGUUCGUGAUUAACUACCUAAAAUGAAUCUAUUUAACUUUACACAGCAAAGCUAGAGAGAAGCAGAUGGUUUUGUUUUAAUCUUUUUUUUUCUUUUUCAAUGUGGGAAAUGUAAUACAGAGGUCUUUUGUAAAUUGGGUCAAGGCAUUUUAUUUGAUGAGGCUAAUCAGGUGAUGGGUGAACACGGGCCAACUUUUAUGAAAAAAAAAGGGAGGUAUUUUUUUUAACCAUCUGGAAGAAUGUUCUAACAGAUGGGGCAUGUUAUGUCACCUCCCUGUUGGCAGCUAUUCUCCAGCAUUG